GCAGUGGAGAAAUAACAUCCGUAGUUCCUCCCCUUGUACCUCAACAGCGACUCCUGUCCCAGUCAGCCUAGUGGAAUCUAGGGCCGCUUCAAGUUAAAUCCUAGCUUUCUCACUGCCCUUCCGUCUCCCAGGACUCUGCUAGAUGGCUCAGCUUAAUCUGGAAGGGGUCAGGAUUCCCCGUCUCUCAGCUUUCACGCCGAAGACAUAACGUUAGCACACGCACUUCAGCCUCCCACGCCUAGCCCCGCAGAAAGUGGCGGGAAGGCUAGGUGGCCGGCCUGCGGCCCCGCCGCGCACAUGGCCGGCCGCAGCUCCUACCCCCGUGCCGCGCAGGCGCCGGGCGAGCCGGGACUUGCGGUCGCCGACAGCGGAUCAUUCCGCCGCUUUCUUUGUGUGGCUCAAGUUCUAGAAAUGGCAUAUUUUCCUCCCCUUUGUUAAAAAGAAAAAUCAGGCCGUCUCGCCCCCUUCCUCCCGCCGCAGUGGGAUCGGGGAGUGGGUGGGAGAGGGAUCUGCUGACCAGGGCAGGGGCGGAAAGGCUCAGACGAGGAGCUGACGAGGGCCGGGUCCGGGAGGGAUGCUGGGAGCUUUGACUCACUCGCACACCAUGUGUCCCUCCGCGCGCAGCACGGGGGACUUUUCGGUGGGGAUUUUGGGCGCCGACCAGACGCGGCAUUUUCGGAAAAUAGCGCCCUGUGCAGCUGAAGCGCUUUGUGUUUAGCUGGGCCGCGUCAGCCCGGCCGGGUACGAGGCGCCUCGGGUCCCCGAACCACCUCCUGCUGCUCCCCGGUCGCCGCUCCCGAAGCUUUUCCAGAUGUCCCUGGUAGAUUUGGGAAAGAAGCUUUUAGAAGCGGCUCGAGCAGGUCAAGAUGAUGAAGUUCGUAUUUUGAUGGCUAAUGGAGCUCCUUUUACUACAGACUGGCUGGGAACUUCUCCACUUCAUCUGGCAGCACAGUACGGACAUUAUUCCACCACAGAAGUACUACUCCGAGCUGGUGUAAGUAGGGAUGCCAGAACCAAAGUGGACCGAACGCCGCUGCACAUGGCAGCUUCUGAGGGCCAUGCCAGCAUAGUGGAGGUUUUGCUUAAGCAUGGCGCUGAUGUCAAUGCAAAGGACAUGUUGAAGAUGACAGCUCUACAUUGGGCCACAGAACACAAUCAUCAAGAGGUGGUGGAACUCUUAAUCAAAUAUGGUGCUGAUGUACACACGCAAAGUAAAUUUUGUAAAACUGCAUUUGAUAUUUCAAUAGACAAUGGGAAUGAAGAUUUAGCAGAGAUACUACAGAUUGCUAUGCAGAACCAAAUCAACACAAACCCAGAGAGUCCCGACACUGUGACGAUACACGCUGCAACACCACAGUUUAUCAUUGGACCUGGAGGGGUGGUGAACCUAACAGGUCUGGUAUCUUCAGAAAAUUCAUCCAAGGCAACAGAUGAAACGGGUGUAUCUGCUGUUCAGUUUGGAAACUCCUCUACAUCAGUAUUAGCUACAUUAGCUGCCUUAGCUGAAGCAUCUGCUCCACUGUCCAAUUCUUCAGAAACUCCAGUGGCUACGGAGGAGGUAGUUACAGCAGAAUCUGUGGAUGGUGCAAUUCAGCAAGUAGUUAGUUCAGGGGGUCAACAGGUCAUCACAAUAGUUACAGAUGGAAUUCAGCUUGGAAAUUUGCACUCCAUUCCAACCAGCGGAAUAGGUCAGCCCAUCAUUGUGACCAUGCCAGAUGGACAACAAGUAUUAACAGUACCAGCAACAGACAUUGCUGAAGAAACUGUUAUAAGUGAAGAACCACCAGCCAAGAGACAAUGUAUUGAAAUAAUUGAAAACCGGGUGGAGUCUGCAGAAAUAGAAGAGAGAGAAGCUCUUCAGAAACAGCUGGAUGAAGCUAAUCGAGAAGCACAAAAAUAUCGACAGCAACUUCUAAAGAAAGAACAGGAAGCAGAGGCCUACAGACAGAAAUUAGAAGCUAUGACUCGUCUUCAGACUAAUAAAGAAGCUGUUUAAUUGAAAUGAACAUAUAGUUUGAGUUUACUUUUGGUCAAGAAAGAAUACAGUCUUGAACUGUACACAGUAAGUUGCAGUCAUGGGAAGACAGGAUAAUAAAAGAGACUGCAGCUUGAUAAUUGGACUUAAGCCAUGAGCUCUGAAUUCUUGUAACAUAAAACUUUACUUUAGAAGUUGUGAAAUGUAUUUAAAACUGAAUUCUGUAAAUAGUUUUUUUUGUUUUUUACAGUUCCAAAUGAGUUGAUAAAGAUUGUUGAAGAGAUCCCAAAACACAAUAAGCCACUGUUUUUUGUGAAUUCUUUUUGAUUUUAGUACAAACCUUAAUUUCUCAGAAACAGAACAGUUUUAAGGGUGAUCGUUGUUAAUUAGACCAAAUGUUGUGUAAUAAUUAUGUGGUGGACUGAUGCUGGAAUUAACUCUUGUAGGUAUAAACUUCUAUAUGAAGAGAAGAUUUCUCCCAGGAAAUCUUGUACAGCUUUAAGUUGUCUCAGAUUCUCUGAAAACAAUUUUUAGAAAGCAAAUUUUUAUAUUUGUUCAAUUUCAGCUAUACCCAAGUAGAUUUACAUGUAUAUGAAGCAAAUAUUUUUAAAACUUUCUGUUUGUACAUAUUCUGCAUGUUUUAUAAUUUCAAAAUGCAUCACUUGCAUAGGUAUUUUCCCCACAAAGAUGAUGUAAGUUACUAGGAAAGAAACAAACCCUUUUAUUCUAUAGGUCAUUGAAACUAAGUAAGCUAGCAGCUGGUUUUAUUGGAACGACAAUGUUCUUGGAAGGAGCAGCUUACAAGAUACCUUGAAUUUGCAAACUGCAAAAUCUAUGCUUUUUUGAAAAUUUCAUAGUGGGGACGUGAAACUAUUCUGUGCCUUCCAUCAUGAUUUCCACAUGAAAGCACUUUAAGGCACUGGAUUUUAAGGUAAUGUUUUUGGAAAACUCAAAGCAUAUGGGUUUCUGAAAUAUUUCAUGGACUCAUUUCCCCCCCCGCCAGGAAAUUAUUCUUAUGGAAAAAAAUUGCUUUUGUAUGUAGAACAGGAACUUUUUGUACUAUGGUGAUGCUACAGAUAUGUCUAACAUAGCUUUUACUUUCCCUGUGAAAGCUGUAUGUCUGUGCUGUGACUGGCUCUCAUCACAAUAUUGUUCAAUUCCACAAUGUAUGGACAUUAAACUCUGACAUAGUGUUCCUUCUUUUUUGUAAACAUAACUUCAAGUCCUUUUUCUUGUUUUAUUUUUUAAUGUUUUAUUGCUUUAUGAAAAUGUUUAACCCUAAGACCCUUCUAGAUUACCUAUACUGUAUAAAGAAGCAAUUACCCUUAAAACUGUACUCUGCCCUACUUUUCUAUUUUACAAUUAAAUAUCUUUUCCACAUAUGUUCAGUGUAGACUUAUAUUUUGACCACAUUUUAUUCACAUGUUAAAAAGUUUGUUCUGUGUAUUACGGCCAUAUUCCACCGUAUGAAAAUAUUAUAAGUUCUUCACACUGUGUCUUUAAAGUAUCUAAAACUGGGUUUUACAAAUGCCAAGUCGUAUUUUCAGUUGCGUGAAGCUGCUCUUCUAUGUCUGUUUUUUAGUACGUUAGUGCGUUUAUGGGUUUGUUAUGUUAGGAAGGGCACCCUAACGUAUGCAGUGUCAGAGUGGAGCAGGGGCAACGUGUUCACCCCACUGUAUAGUUUUGCUUCCAAGACAAGAUUGGCCCUGAAGAUCCUUGAGAAAGUGUUGGAAACUAGCUUCUGAAAGUGAAUUUAAUGCCUUCUUUGAUUUCUAGUCUUUUGUUCUGCUAGAAACUUUACCUGGUGCAAGAAAGAAUUUUGAUCUAUAAUAACAUUUGCCAUAGAUGGGAGAAAGUAAUUGAUACUUAAGAGGAAUAAGUGUAUGAUAGUAUCAGGUAGAUAUUGAAAUGUCUUUGGGGGAAGUCUACGUUUUUCAGAGUCUGUUAUGUUGGACUUGUUUAAUUCCUUAAUCAUCUACACCUGACUCACUGUACUAUGAAAUCAGAACUUAAACAAGAAUUUAUAACUAAAAAAAGCAUUUGCUUUUUCUUUUCUCUUUCUCUUUUUAGCUUCUGUUUUGAGGUGGACUGGGAAAGCUUUGCAUUCUACUUAUUCUCAAUGAUGUUAUGGGCAGAAGAUUAAAAGAACUGACAGAAUAAAAUAAUAAUAAAAGUUUUCAGAACUCCACACUUAAUGUGUUUCCAGUACAUAAUGAUGGAUUCAUAGUUAAAGGUCAUCAGGUUGCCACAUUGAUGGCUAAUUAUUUCCACUUAUGUGUGAACAAACACCUUCUUUAUUUUAUUUUUUUUAGAAAACAGUCCACACUUUCCUUUAUUUCAGUAUUUGUGUGGUAAAGAAAGAUGCAUGGGGAUAUUAAUUUUUGUAUUGGGUUAAGGAUGUUUCUGUUUGUAUAUUCAUGAAGGGAAUGAGAUAUUGAUUUUAAAUGAACAAACACCUUCUUGAGCAGCCCUUCUCAACCAGGGUUCUGCAAGAGAAUCAAGCUCUAAUGCCCUAAAUGUUAGGGCUUAAUGAAUUAAUUCCUUGUAAUGAAUUAGUUUCUGUUCCGUGCAUCUGGAAUAGUACUGGUUAUGUACUGUCUACACACUGAGUUCAUUAGAUGUCUUGAUUGCCUAAUUACUUGUUUAAGAUUUUAAAACUUCACUGUGUACAGUCGCUAGAACUCUGGGGUUACAAAUUCUAGGUU